AUGUGUUCAUCUGUUUGUUUACUUCAUCUACAUCGACGAGCUCAUCUACAUCGACCUCCACCAGAACUACAACAACAUCGACCUCUACAAGCACUAAAACAACAUCGACUUCAACAAUCUCAUCCACAUCCACCUCUUCAAGCACCAAAACAACAUCGACUUCAACAACCUCAUCCACAUCCACCUCUUCAAGCACCGAAACAACAUCGACUUCAACAGCCUCAUCUACAUCGACCGCUUCAAGUACCACAGCAACAACGACCUCGACAACAACUGCUUAUGAUUCAUGUAGGCCAUGUUGUUUUACAAAGAUUGCAUACAUGA